CUCCCUCCACAUAAUGCUGCUGUGUGAUCACCAGGUCUCGUGACUCUACUGUGUACUACCGACAUGAUCACUACUGUGAAGUUUGCACUACUGUCGCUGGCCCUUGCCUUCUCCCAGGGGCUGCAGCACAACUACAUCGAUGAAUUUGACGAAGAGCCCGAAGCUGAGCGCGUCGUCCAGGCGUCCAAAUAUGGCUCUCUGUGGCCUCUGCCGCAGAAAGUGCAAAUCUCGGAUGUUUCACUCAAGUUAAACAGCUUCAGCUUCAAAAUAGUUGACGCCAAAGGGUCAACCGCCGGGCCAAGCUGCAGCCUCCUGCAGAAUGCGUACAGGAGGUAUUAUGAGUACGUGUUUGGCAGCGCUAAAAGGCUGGAGCUCAGGAAAAGCAGAAGAACGGGCCCAUCCGAGCUCACAGAGCUGCAGGUGUGGAUCACAUCACCUGACUCUGAUUGUGACACCUACCCCAGUGUGGCAUCUGACGAGUCAUAUGAGCUGACAGUGGAUCAGCCGAUUGCGGUCCUGAAAGCGCCGAAGGUCUGGGGAGCACUGCAUGGUCUGGAAACGUUCAGCCAGUUGGUGUAUGAAGAUGAAUAUGGAGCUAAAAGCAUCAAUUCAACCACGAUCAGUGACUUCCCCAGGUUUGCACAUAGAGGCAUCUUACUGGACAGCUCUCGGCAUUUCCUGCCCAUUAAAGUCAUCUUGGCUAAUCUGGAAACGAUGGCGAUGAACAAAUUCAAUGUUUUCCACUGGCACAUCGUGGAUGAUCAGUCCUUCCCUUACCUGAGCCGAACGUUCCCACAGCUGAGCCAGCAGGGAGCUUACCACCCGUACACACACGUGUACACACCCGCUGACGUGAAGAUGGUGAUCGAGUUUGGCCGUCUGCGAGGCAUUCGUGUUAUCCCAGAGUUUGACACUCCCGGACACACGCAGUCGUGGGGAAAAAGCCAGAAAGAUCUGCUCACACCGUGUUACUCUGGCUCCAAACCCUCCGGCUCCUUCGGACCAGUGAACCCCAUCCUGAACACCACGUAUGACUUCAUGAGCCAGUUCUUCAAGGAGAUCAGCGUCGUGUUCCCCGACGCCUACAUUCACCUGGGAGGGGAUGAGGUGGACUUCACCUGCUGGAAGUCCAACCCAGACAUUCAGAAGUUCAUGGCUCAGCAAGGCUUCGGACAGGACUACAGCAAACUGGAAUCAUUCUACAUCCAGAAACUCUUGGAUAUCGUCGCCACUACCCAGAAGGGCUACAUGAUCUGGCAGGAGGUCUUUGACAACGGUGUAAAGCUGAAACAAGACACACUUAUCCACGUUUGGAAAGGAAACAAGCAGCAAUACCAAAGUGAGAUGGCAAAUGUUACGUCAUCAGGGUACCAGACCCUGCUGUCCACUCCCUGGUACCUGAACCGUAUCUCCUACGGCCAAGACUGGCAGGGCCAUUACGAGGCCGACCCGCAGGAUUUCAAGGGAACUGAGGAACAAAAGAAGCUUGUGAUUGGUGGAGAAGCCUGUCUGUGGGGGGAGUAUGUGGACGCCACCAACCUGACACCCAGACUCUGGCCUCGUGCCAGCGCCGUGGCCGAGCGGCUGUGGAGCGCCAUGGACGUGACGGACAUCAACGAUGCCUUCAACAGACUGUCUGUGCACCGCUGCCGCAUGGUGGAGCGUGGGAUCCCAGCGGAGCCGCUGUUUUCCAGCUACUGUCGCCGAGAGUACCGAGGUGUUUGAAACGGACUGAGAGGCCGUGAGGACAGAAAAGGGAAGAGAGUCCAAAAACAAUCAAGUCCACGCUUGAGAGAAUCAUUCUGCCUUCUUAGAGAAUCACUGAGCUGAUGCUCUGACACAUCAUGCUUUUUAAAUCUGCUACAGAACACUUGAGCAUCAUCUAAUGUCAUAAAGAUGGUGACUUUGUUUUUCUAUGACUGUAUAAUAAUUAAUUGUGAAUAAAAUGUUGACAUUU